ACUACACCUUUCAGUUUUGCAAAGUAUAUUGGAAAUCAUCAGGCGUUCACUAACAUCUAUCUCUAUUAGCAACAGUGUAUGAUGUAUCGGGUAGAUCAAUGGCGGGCAUGUGCUUAUUGAAGCGCGUGUAUAUAAAUGAUAGAUAUCGACCCAGCUGACCAGAUGGGGAGGAGGACACCAGUACAUUGUCGCCAGUACCUGCCGGUUCUGUUAAUGCCAUAGUUUAUGUUUUCCAGAUAGAGGUCAAGCAUGCCUACCCAGAGUGACUAAGGAAUCUGUCGGAAUCCGACCAGCCGCGUGCUUCAAACGUCACGCCGAAAACCAUGGCACUACGAAUCCACAAGUAUUGGACCAGGUGACGUGAACAUGGCGGGGGAGAAAAAUGAGUCUGGUGACUCGCCUUCCUCCAUAUUGGACAUCGCCCCUGUGGCACCCCUCCUGUGUUCGGAAGAAAAGCCGUCCAACGAUGAGGUACCCCCAGUGACAGACACUGUUCCUCCCGCUGAUGGAGGUUGGGGAUGGUUCGUUGUUCUGGGCAGUUUUCUGGCUCAUUUGAUCAUAGGCGGAUUCAUGCGAUCUGGAGGCGUGAUAUUCAUUGAACUGCAGCACAAAUUUCACCAAUCAGCGUCAGAAACAGCCUGGGCAGUAUCCCUACACACCAGCCUCCGUCUCUUGUUCGGUCCCCUAGCCAGCAUGCUGUGUAACCGGUUUUCCUGUCGGACGGUGACUAUCAUCGGAAGCCUGGUGUCAGCGAUCUCUGUCCUCGCCAGUGGCUUCGUUACCAAUCUUUUCUUCCUAUACCUCACAAAUGGUCUUCUACUGGGUAUAGGCCAGGCGCUGAUGUACACCACAUCCGUCGCCAUUGUAGGCCUGUAUUUCCACUCGCGGAGAGGCACGGCGGUUGGUAUUGCCAACGCCGGAGUAGGGGCUGGCACGUUUUUAUUCCCGCCACUGCUGGAGAUAAUGUUUGGGCAGUAUAGCUUUUUGGGAACAUUCCUCAUCAUGGCCGGUCUGUUCCUCAACGGGGUGGUGUGUGGCGCCCUCUACCGGCCUCUCAAUGUAGAUGAGGAGCUGGUUGUUGAGUACAAUGAGCCACACAAUGGCAGUCAUAAAGUAACGGAGAAUGGUAGCGUUAUUCUGUUCCACUUCUCGCGAGAUGACCUGCGUGCAUUGUCGCAUUCCAGUUUGUGCUAUGAUAUAAAUAUACUGGGGAGCAUUCAGCACCUCAACAAGCCAACAAACUUCAACUUUAUCCAGGUACCCGGCUGUACGUCGGGGUCAACGGGAGAUAUUAUGGGACAACAUGGUAGAUUAAGGGCGGACAGUGAGUCCCGCAGUCGGAGAGCAAUGCCUCUUCUGGGGUCAGAUUUUGACUUGACAAAUGAGAGGAUCAGAUCCGGAAGUGAUAUCACACCUCUCCAAAAGCAGGCAUUUCUUAACAACAUGAACGCCAAAUCAGACAUGUUGCAGGUUACAGGAAUAAAACGGUUGAAAAGUGAAACUUUAUCGGAACCAGAAUCAGAUGAAACGGCAGUCGAUGUUAGCAAAAAGAAAGUACUCGAUCUGUCUCCUCUAAAGGACCUUCGGUUCGCUACCCUGGGCGUGGGUAUCGGCCUUCUUACAUUGUCAUUCCAGUCUUCGUUUGUGUUCCUUCCCCCGCUCGUGCUACAAAAGGGUUUGUCAGAGAGCCAGGGUGCUUUUCUAGUCUCUAUAACAGGUGCUAUGGAAACGUUUGGUAGCGUGUCGUCUGGUUUCCUGGUUGACCUUGACGUUGUGCGACCACACCGCCUUACAUUCUACAACGCUGCCAUGGUGUUGCUAGGUGUGCUUACGUUGGCGAUGCCCUUCCUUGAUUUCUUCGUCCUACUUGCGUUUGUUUGCGGCGUUUACGGCUGUGUGCUCGGUAUGUGUCUAGCACAGAAGGCUACGUUUGUCGUGGAUAUCACAGGAAUCGAUAAUCUUGUCAGCUCCUUCGGGAUUCUCGUCUGUUUUCAGGGUAUCGGUACCCUUAUAGGACCGCCACUAGCAGGUGCUAUAAAAGACAUGACGGGACGUUACACGGACGGAUUCCUAGUAGGAGGCGUCAUAUUGAUAAUCGCCGGUUUUAUACAGGCCGGUGGCCUCCUUCUUCAUCGUCUCUCUCACAGUAAGAAGGACACAUAGACAUUGCAACACAUAGACAGCACGUCAAAGUUUGUAAAUCCAUGUAUCAAGAGAUGUACUGCAAUGUACUUGGUCGAUAGGCUUUGAAUUACGAGGGCAAGAACAUUAUUCUCGAGGGAAAGGAGCGAAAGAAUGUAUGAUAUAGAAAGAAUGUAAUCAACAUUGGCGGAGUACCAAAACGAAAUUUCCACUGGAAUUCAAGUCCGAUUUCCGCUUUCAUGUUGAAGUCUCAGGUAUAGACAGAAAUUGCAAAAAUACGCCGAAAUAGUUUUGUAAGAGAACAAAUGCUUCAAUGGUGACUUUUUUAAUGGAAAACUCGGAAUACAGUAUCAACCCACGACAUGGUGCUGCUACAAAAGACUGCUCCUAAUAGUAUAUAUAUAGCCACAUCGUGCCUAAACUGUUAGCUUUAGGCUUGUAUAUCGCUCGAGCAAUUUAUUUUCGCGAGCACUUGCUGAUGCAAUACGUAUAUGUGACUUAUUCGCGAGCAAAUCACUUUCACAUUCCAUGCUUAACUGCUUAACAUGUGUCUUUACGAAGGAUACUUCGCGACAUAUAUGUUUAAGAGAACUGUAUCAGCCGGACUGCAAUAACAUCAAAGAGUGAGAGGAAAAGGAUAUACAUGUGUGUGAAGUAAAGAUAGUUUGACGAUGAUAGUGAUUGUUUGGAAUACCUGUCAUUCCGAACGCUAUUUAGACACGUACAGAUCCGCUACAGGCGGUAUAUUAGUGCCUUAUAGUUUCUUUCUUUAUGAUUUACAUAACUCAGCUGAGCACAUGAUGAGAAAAUUUAUGAAGGCCUUCGCCUGAGUUAACUAUUUACCCAACAUAUUCAAAUCUCAAGUUACAGUUUCCACCUUAUAAUUAACAUACAAAUGAUCUUUGAAACGAGCAUGCAUAUGUUUGUAAUCCUUUUUAGUCACCUGUCUUUAAAUAUGACACAUUUCGUUGAUAAUCAACAAACUUUGAGCAUUUCCUGAUUACAAUAAAUAUUCGUUUGGAUGUAAAACCCGUCCUCUAGCACUUUGGAAUUGUUUCAGUGUCUGUAGGUUGCAUGCUGGCCUCUGCUGAAAAUCAAAACGUGGCAACACGUCUGAUCACAUGAAAAGGGUUUGGACGUCUGAAGAUACAGCCGAUUGAAUAUUUAAUUUUCUAGGUCAUGCUUCAUUAUUUGUUGGACAAAACUGCAUUUCAUUGCAAUAUUUGUUUUUAUUACGAUGGAAUAUGUUACUCGAGAUUCGAAGGUAUUGGUAGACAUACACCGAAUGUCUGUGGGCUUUCGUUGAUUAGUUUUUCAACAUUUCUGAUUUGAGUUUUAUAUUCUACCACACAAUGCAUGACCAUAUGUUGACCUUCGUCAUACUUUCACUGCAGUUACACGGUAGAAAAUUCAAGACUAACGUUUUAAACACGGUAAUUUUCUAACUAUUCGAUAAUUGGCUGAUUGUUUUAGCACUUUAAAUAAUAGUAUAUGUAAUGUUAAUCCACAUAAAUUAUGACGAAUGCAAGAAAUAUUAUGUAGUAUCUUAGAUACAAGAAAUCUGUCGGAGUAUGUAAGAAACAAGAAAUAUGAUGUGUUACGUUAGAGACAAGAGAUAUGAUGUGGUUAUUUAUUACAAGAAAUAAAAUGUGGCAUGUAAGUAACAGGAAAUAUAUUGUGUUAUUUAAGAUACAAGAAACAUGAUGUGGUUUGAUAAAAACAAGAAAAAUAAUGUGAUAUGUUGUAUACAAUAAUGAUGUGGUAUUUGAAAUACAAGAAAAAUGAUGUGGCAUUUUAGAUGCAAGAAUUAUGAUGUGGUAUUUUAGAUGCAAGAAAUAUGAUGUGGUAUUUUAGAUGCAAGAAAUAUGAUGUGGUAUUUUAGAUGCAAGAAAUAUGAUUUGGUCUGUUACAUAAAGAUAUACAAUGUGGUAUUCUAAAUACAAAGAAAUAUAAUCUAAUGUGUUUGAUACAAAUAAAAUAUUAUGUUUUAAGUUGCGUUGUAACCGUAGAUUAAAUUGUCUUGUUUAACAAAAAAUACGCCAUGUUCUUGCAAUUAAUAUGUCGUUUCUCAUCAAAGUCAAUAUACGCUAAAAGAGUGAGGCUAAGCUUAAUAAAGUCAUUGUUCGCUUAACAAAGUCAUUGUACGCUUAAUAAAGUCAUUGGUCUCUUAAUAAAGUCAUUGUACGCUUAACAAAGUCAUUGUACGCUUAAUAAAGUCAUUGGUCGCUUAAUAAAGUCAUUGUUCGCUUAAUGAAGUCAUUGUUCUCUUAACGAAGUCAUUGUGCUCUUAACGAAGUCAUUGUGCUCUUAACGAAGUCAUUGUACGCUUAAUAAAGUAAUUUGCACGCUUAAUAAAGUCAUUGUACGCUUAAUAAAGUCAUUGUACGCUUAAUAAAGUCAUUGUUCGCUUAAUAAAGUCAUUUACACGCUUAAUAAAGUCAUUGUACGCUUGAUAAAGUCAUUGUUCGCUUAAUAAAGUCAUUGUUCGCUUAACGAAGUCAUUGUGGUCUUAAUAAAGCCAUUUGCUAUUCUUUUCAUGUUCUUUUAAUUUAGGUCGUUUGUGACUUUAAUUAAGCUCAUGAAAUAUCAAGUGUCUGCCUGUUUUAUGUGUUAUGGCAUAUAUUUUUGAUCAGGGCUGAUAUUGGUCGAGGGCUGAUACGGAGUAGGAUAUGGAAUUGGUCACAUAAUAACCUCUAACUACACAAUUUUAAAAGAUUUUGCGAUACAGAAAAUACCUUUGUAAUUAACCCAAUUUAAUCUUGAAAGUGUGUGUAUUGUACGCAAUAUUCCUGAUAGAGUUUGGAGUGUUUGUAGCAAUAAACGAAAGCCACCAAUGUUACGUCAUUGUAGUUUAAGCAACGUGCUCGCUGUAAACGUAUUUGACUGACCUGAUGCCAGUAUAUUAUUAUAUUUAUACAUAUAUAUUAUAUUGUUAUCCAAGUUUACAAUGGUUAACUGUUUUGUUUUGUCUAUGAUUGUAUAUGUACGUUUGUUCCUUAAGGGGAAGCAACUGAUAACGUGAGUAUGCAUUUUUAUUAUGAAAGGAGAUGUGUUGUUAUCCAUGUGUAGGAGGUUAACUUAUUAUUGCUACUACAACCUUAUAAUUAUGUUUGUUUGUUCGGGCAAGGGAAGUAACUGAAGACGCGAGUAUGAUUUUUUUAAGAAAUGGAGAUAUGUUAUUAUCCAAGUUUAGUAUUUAGUUGUUAAGACGACUGUAUCAGUGUACAGAACACGCAUGCUACUCAUUAAGGGGAGGUAAAUGAGGCAUGGCGACGAAUAAAAGAAUGGUUGUUGGU